UCCCUUUGUGAAGAGAAGCAGUAAUUGCCUUAAACAAAAAAAAUACCUAAUGGCAUCAGUAGCGAGUCAGCACUUUCCCUUCAAACUCUCUCAAUUUCAAGCUGACUUUGCAUCUGAAUGGAAUCAAUAAUGUGUCUUUUUAGCGUCUCUUAAAAAUGCUCACGCAUGAGAUGGAUGUGUUUUUCCAGGUAUACACACACACACACACACACACACAUUUUGCAGUUCAUCGUCAGUCUGAUGAAUCAUCUUCACGGCACUUGCUACCACCUCAGUUUCCCAUCAGCUGCAGCUGCGUGUCUGCAUCGGGAUCACAGAGCAGAAGAGAUGUUGCUGCGGGCCGCUCACAUCGCUCUCUGUGUUUAUUCUUCUUGUUGACAGUUCUCGGUGUCCCGUUGUUAAGUGGGUCAUUCAUGGUAUAAAAAGCAGCUGUUGAGAUGUACCCUUCGUGGUUUUUCUGCCCCCUGGGUACCUAAAUGUCACAGUCGAGGUCUCGUCACACAUAUUUUGUAUUAUUCCUAAACCCCAACCUCCAAGACCAGGCAGGACACAGCAGUGUGUCUGGCUAAAGAUUGAAAUUACAGAACAUUUAACAACCUCCCACACUUUAUUACAACUGUGACAGUAUAGAGUGAAUAUUUUCUUCAUUAGUAUACAGUGUGUAUUAAUCUUGUUUGUUUAUAGUAAGCCACCUGACCAUGGGUUUUGUGUCUCUAUCUUGGAGGGACUGUUGACAAAUGUCAGCAACUGCUAUUAAUUAUUUGUGUAUAAUUUACAUUUUUACCUAGGUGGGCCAUGUUUGGUUGUUCAUUAAUAUUCUUGUGCCUUAUGUGGUGUUUGAAGUUUGACACUUUUUCUUAAAGUGGUAUGCUCAGGUUUUAACUGAGCAACUAAUGAUUAUUUUAAUUGUCUGUUAAUUUCUCUAUUAAUUGGUUUGUCAUUUAGUUAGGAAGAAAUCAGAAAAUGGUGAAAAAUGCUAAUCUGUUUUACGAAAGCCCAGGUUGCAACGUCUUGUUUUGUCUGGACAAACAACAGCCCACAGCCAAAACACAUUUAGUUUACUGAACAAGAGUAAUGAAAAAAGGAAAUAUUUACAUUUAAGAGGCUGGAAAAGUUGUUUUCUUCUUUUGCCAUUCAACUGAUUGUUUCAGCUCCACUCGACUUCUUCUCCCUCUGUCAGUGACAAUCUUUUAGUUUUUUCUCUCCGUCUGUGCUUCCCGAUUAUUCACCAGUCAUCAUGGCAGAAGCCCACCAGGCGGUGGCCUUCCAGUUCACCGUCACCCCGGAGGGCAUCGAUCUGCAGCUGUCCCACCAGGCCCUCACUGAGAUCUACCUCUCUGGCGUGCGCUCUUGGAAGAAACGUAUCAUCAGACUCAAGAACAGUGUGGUAACAGGCGUUUAUCCCGCCAGCCCGUCCUCUUGGCUUUUUGUGGUCAUAGCAAUCCUGGCUACCAUGUACACUCGUUCCGACCCCUCCAUGGGACUCAUAGCCAAGAUACAGGAGCACCUGCCUGUCAGCCAGUCCAUGAGUAGCCAGUGCCAGACGGUUGUGUCGGCCGUGCUCUUCAGCACCAUGCUGUGGCUCUUGCUCAUCUUCACCAUGCGCCUGUGCCUCAAGCAGCUCCUCUCCUACCACCGCUGGAUGUUCGAGAACCAUGGAAAGAUGUCCAACACCACCAAAGUCUGGGUGGCGCUGGUGCGGAUCUUCUCUGGCAGAAAGCCUCUUCUCUACAGCUACCAGGGUUCGUUGCCAAACCUGCCUGUGCCUGUCGUCAAGGACACAGUGAAGAGGUACUUGGAGUCGGUGCGUCCGCUGAUGAAUGACGCAGAGUAUGAACGCAUGACCAAGCUGGCUGCAGAGUUUGAGAGCAGCCUCGGUAACCGGCUGCAGUGGUACCUCAAACUCAAAGCUCUCUGGUCUUCCAACUAUGUUAGUGACUGGUGGGAGGAAUAUAUUUACCUACGGGGACGAAGCCCAAUAAUGGUCAACAGUAACUACUACGGCAUGGACUUCUUGUAUGUGACACCCACUCCCAUCCAGGCGGCCAGAGCGGGCAACACCAUAUAUGCAUUCUUUCUCUACCGCCGUAAACUCAACAAAGAGGAGCUUAAACCUUGGUUGUUGAGGUCUGCAGUUCCUUGCUGUUCCUAUCAAUUUGAGCGGAUGUUUGACACUUGUCGAAUCCCUGGAACGCUCACAGACACGGUGCAGCAUUGGCAGGACAGUGACUACGUCGCGGUGUACCACCAAGGACGCUACUUCCGGCUUCGGGUGUACCAGGCAGGCAGACUCCUGUCCCCGAGGGAGAUUGAAUUCCAAGUUCAGAGGAUCCUCGAUGACUCUUCACCUCCGUCCAAAGGAGAGGCAAAACUUGGGGCCCUGACCGCCGGUGAAAGAGUGCUGUGGGCUAAAGCCAGGAUGAACUACUUCAGCAGCGGGGUCAACAAACGCUCUCUGGACUGCAUUGAGAAAGCUGCUUUCUUCGUGACUCUAGAUGAUGACGAGGAGGGCAUGUUGGGAGAGAACCCAGAAGCUAGUUUGGAUCACUAUGCGAAGUCCUUGUUGCAUGGAAAGUGUUAUGACAGGUGGUUUGACAAGUCCUUCUCGGUUGUUUACUACAAGAAUGGAAAGACUGGUAUUAAUGCAGAGCACUCAUGGGCCGAUGCACCAGUGGUGGCACACUUAUGGGAGUUUGCUCUGGCCACUGACAGCUUUCAGCUCGGAUACAAUGCAGAGGGUCACUGCAAAGGAGAAGUGGAUUCAUCACUACCACGACCGCAGAAGCUGACCUGGGAAAUCUCUCCAGAAUGUGAGGAGCAAAUAUCCCAGUCUCUGGCAGUGGCCCAGGCCCUGGCUGACGAUGUCGACUGCCACGUUUUCUCCUUCCGAGAGUUUGGCAAGGGGAGGAUCAAGAAGUGUCGAGUCAGUCCAGAUGCCUUCCUUCAGAUCGCUCUUCAGUUGGCUUACUACAGGGAGCGGAGGAUGUUCUGCUUAACGUACGAAGCCUCCAUGACUCGCCUGUUCAGGGAGGGCAGGACUGAGACUGUUCGCUCCUGCAGCAACGAGAGCAGUGCCUUCGUCCGAGCGCUGGAGGGUGAAGAGGAAACAGAUGUGUGCAGGCGUUUGUUCCGCACAGCAUUAGAGAAGCACCAGAAUUUGUGUCGCAUGGCAAUGACCGGAACUGGCAUCGACAGACACCUCUUUUGCCUCUACGUGGUGUCCAAAUACCUCGGAGUGGAGUCUCCUUUCUUGAAAGAGGUGCUGUCUGAGCCCUGGAGGCUGUCCACCAGUCAGACUCCACUCCAGCAGGUGGAGCUGUUUGACCUGGUUAACCACCCAGAGUACAUCUCCUGUGGAGGGGGCUUUGGUCCGGUGGCUGAUGAUGGUUAUGGGGUUUCUUACUACAUCUAUGGAGAGAACCUGAUUAAUUUCCACAUCUCCAGCAAACAUUCAUGUCCAGACACUGACUCCCACAAGUUCGGUGCUCAGAUCAGAAAAGCCCUGCAGGACCUGGUACAGCUGAUUGGCCCCAACCAAAGAGAGUUCAGCAGAACAGAAAAGAGUCAGCCCGAGUUCAAAAAAGACAAGUAGGCCGACGCUCAGGGAAAAAAGGAGGAUGAAGGGAAGGUGUGCAAGUAUAAUUGUUACAUCAUGGAGAGUCAGGAGUUUUCCUCGUGCAUUGGAAAACUUUUAUAGCCAGCCUGAUAAUAUUCAAGAGACAGGUCAGUGGGGAAACUGGUUUAAGUGGGGUGAUGUUUUUACUGAAACGCCUCUGUAUUAGUGUGCGUGUAUGAUGAGAGAGAAGGGAAAAGGUCCAUAGACUAACAAAUCAAGAAAUGUGAUUCAAGUACAGUGCGGCUUAUUUGUUUAGUAUCAUUUUUAUUUUUUGUUUUUUAAAAGAAGCCACUAUGAAUUAUCCACUUAAAAGUUAGGGUAGAACUUCCUAACACUUCAUGUUAUUGCAGGGAGUAAUUUAACAUACAUUCAAGUGCAGUAUGUUUUUGACACAGUUAAGUAUUCUGAACAUUUUGUGCCACUAUUUACUGUUGUUGAAUUUGUUUGAUAAACUGAUGUGUGCAAUACGUCUCGAGAACAGACACGCAGGACUGUUUAGUUGAUGUCAGUUUCUACCAUCUGAGUGCGACAUUGCUGUGACACCAGGUAUUUAAACAUCUUGUUUACUCAUAAUGUAUUCAUCUGCUUUCACCAGCAACAAAUGAUUGUAACGCUCUGCUGAGAACGCCAGGCUGUUUAUACAUGUAGUGAAAUGACACAAUUCAAUCAGAUUUGUAGGUUGGCAUUAUUACACAGUAACCUGAUAUUACAUUUUAGUGCCAUUUCACACAGAAAAUAACUUUUAUGUUUUCAAACUGAUUCAAACUGUACAGACAGUAUUUUGAAUAUACAUUUUCCUUCAGUGGUCAGUAGACAUUUCAAAUUAACCAAGUUAUAAAAUUGUACUGUGAUAAACUCCAGUUAUUUCACUGCCAUCGACGUAUAAAAUCUGUUUUGUAUAUUUUAUUUUUUAUCACUGUGUUAUUAAACAAGCACCAUGCACCACAAUGCAAGCUGUAUCUAUGAUCAACCUGUGCAGGUAUUCAGUCCCAAGCAGUGCUGCAGGUCAGAUGUGGAUUACAUAUGAAGUGACAUUUUAUGAUCGAAGAUAGUGAUGCAGAUUUCUUUGUUAUUAUUCAUUAUAUAUAUUAUGAUAUUAUUAUUCAAUGACAGCAUAUUUUUUAUUUUUCUUUGGUUUAUUUUCACUCCAGAUCAGCUGAGCUUGUCCCAUUAUAUUGCUAUUGUCAACCUUUUUUAUUGCAAAAUUACAAGGGAACGUAAAGUCAUUCUUAA